AGCGCGUUUGGUUUCUUUCCCCUUCCGCAAACCAAAAUGUUGGCGGCUCGCCGGCUCUCCGCCGCCACCUCCGCCUCCACCUCUCCUCUCCUCCUCCGCCGCCGCCUCUCUGUGCAGAUCCAUUCCACGGCCCUGCCGCCGCCGCCCCCGCCCCCGCCGGAGGCGACCGAGUCGGGGCCGGGAGCGUGGGCCCGCCGCGCGGCGGCGCUCUCACUGCUGGGGCUGACCGGCGCCGUCGCGGCCAGCGCCGUCAGCGACCUCUCUGUCUUUCUCUCCUGCUCCAGCCAGGCAAUAGGGAAGGCCACCCAGAACCAGCAGAUAGUGAAUGCCAUUGGCAAGCCGAUUGUGCGGGGCCCCUGGUACAGUGCUUCCAUUGCUGUGAAUCAUGCGAGGCAUUCUGUCUCCUGCACGUUCCCAGUGUCCGCCCCCCAAGGAAGCGGGCUUCUGAAGUUCAAGGCUGUUCGUCUGGGAGAUGAAUCUUGGUAUUCAUUCCUAAAGCCCAGUGACUGGGAGAUACUCAUAAUGGACGCCAUCCUUGACAUUCAUACUGAAGAUGGGAAACACCGAACAAUGAGGGUAACCAUUCCAGACAACACCCCUGCUCCACCGCCAGCCGACUGCACCGCGUGCAAGUCCCAUACACCUCCGACUCCGUCUCCGCCUCUGCCUCCACCGCCAGCGGAUAAGUGAAUUCAUUUGGAUAUGGUUUAUUCAUCUGAAUAUGGCUACCAUGGAGUGACUUGUUCUUUCCUCGAUCCCUGGCAAUCCUGGAGGAAAUAAGUGUCAUAUUUUUCACCCAAGAAGGUGCAGAUCCAUAUCUAGAAAUAGCAAGAGUACUUUUCUGAUAUUCGAAAUCUGGACGCAUGGGAUAGGAUAGGUUAGAUGAAAAUAUGUAUCCGGCCGACCAUCCUCUGAACUUCUGAAGGUCAGGUCCAUCAGUCUCAAACAGCUAAGAUUUGCUUUAGGGUCACCACUCACUUGCUAGCAAUAAAGCAUCACAGAAAAGUUUAGGUUGA